GCUCGAGGAAAAAAGGAGCGAGGAGUGGACGAGGGAAGGAAGGGAAAAGCGAAGAGCGAGGAGUGGACGAAGAAAGCGAGGGAGGGAGUAGGGGAGGGCGGGCGAUCGAGGACGUAAAUGUGAGAUUUUGGAGAUUAGAUGCACGGACGUCAUGGCGGUGUGCCGAUUGAGCUCUUGUGCGGCGAGUAGAUUUUUAGGAGGCGAUUUCGACCCGUCUGCUGGAAACACGGGGGGUUAUGGUGCGCGGAUCUGCGCAGGCAGGCCUUCCGAGAUUGCCACUCAAUCUUGCUCUUGUAUUAGCUCUUCGGGAUUGCUGCCCUCUGUUAGGAAUUAUGGUUUUGCGUCGGUCCUCGCCUCAGCUUGUAGGCAAGGUGGGCUGAAGGCUAGCUCUUCUUGUACCUCCAGGCACUCCGGGCUUUGCACUGAGUUCCUAGGGUCUGGAUUCUGCGUUCCUCGCCUGCGCUCCUCUUCAGCCGCUUCAUCAGCUCGGAAAUCUGCGAGCGAAAGAGUUCAUGGUGUCGUUACCAGCAGGUUUAUAGAUGACUCCAGCCUACGAGCAACAGGUGCCGCUGUGGAGAUGCCAGAGACAAAGUCCGUGGGGAAAAUUCGUCAGAAUGUUCUUUCCUUGGUUGGGGACACGCCAAUGGUGUACCUUAAUAAAGUUUCUUCAAGAUGCUGUGCGCGGAUUGCAUGCAAAUUGGAAGCCUUGCAACCUUGCCGAAGCGUCAAGGAUAGAAUCGCGCUUGCUAUGGUAGAAGAUGCAGAGAAAAAAGGCCUAAUUAAGCCAGGCGUUAGCACACUCGUUGAACCAACGAGUGGUAAUACUGGAAUUGGGCUCGCUUUUGUUUGCGCAUCGAAAGGUUAUGAUCUCAUUCUAACAAUGCCAGAAGAUCAGAGUAUCGAGAGGCGAAUUCUUGUUCAGGCUUUUGGCGCCAAGGUUGUUUUAACUCCAGCUAAAUUGGCCAUGACGGGAUCCAUCAAGAAAGCGGAAGAACUUGUUAGGAAAAUUCCUGGAGCGUACACCCUUCAGCAGUUCAACAAUGCUGCAAAUCCACGUGUACACUAUGAAACAACAGGACCUGAAAUAUGGAGGGACACCAAGGGCAAGGUGGAUUUCUUCGUAGCAGGCGUCGGUACUGGCGGCACUAUAACUGGCUGUGGAGAAUAUUUGAAGAAGAUGAACCGAUAUGUACAAAUUGUUGCGGUGGAACCUGCCGAAUGCGCCGUUCUUUCAGGUGGUCGGGCGGGCUACCAUCAGAUUCAGGGCAUAGGAGCUGGUUUUGUUCCCUCAGUACUUAACGUCAAUGUUCUGGACGAAGUCAUCAAGGUGCAUAGUAGGGACGCCUUUGAAACUGCCCAAAGACUCCAUCAAGAGGAGGGAUUGAUGGUUGGGAUUUCAUCUGGGGCUGCAGUGUAUGCUUCCCUUCAAAUUGGCCAAAGGCCAGAGAAUAAAGGCAAAUUGAUUGUGUGUGUUCUGCCAAGUUUUGGAGAACGUUACUUGUCCACAGCUUUAUUCCAAAAGUCGUGGAAAGAGAAUAUGGAGGAGGAGCGAAGAAUGCCAAUGACUUGGUGGUAUCAAGAAGAUCUUGAUGAGCAAAAUGAUGGCCCCGGAGGAGGGGCACUUACUGCUCCUUGAUGAAACCAAAAUGUGCUGAUUUGCACGAUUCUUUUCUACGACGACCACAGAAUUUUUGGUCUAUACUGCUUGGGCAGCCAUAGCCAAGGGCCUUUGUGCAGAUUGGGAGAUUUGACUUCGGAUGAGCAAAAUCAUUUUUCUCCAUUUGCUAAAUCCUAGAUGUCGAAGUAUCCCUGACCGUGAUCAUUGACCAGAAGCAGCUAGUCAUAACUGUCAACUUGUUUCAAAGCACUGAAGCUUGAGAGAUUCCUACUUCCACUCUCCUCAUGGAUGUGGUAGGAGUCCGGAAGAUAAUAAUGGAUAUGUGUUUAUUGGUUGACCUGUUGAGAAUGACGCAAGUCAGUGUAGUUUGGAGUGUUAGUCUCCUUGUAAGUAAUCAAAGUUCGCCAUUAUCUGUAUUUGGUUUUUCCAGGCACGUUCUUUUUAUACGAUGGCGUGUGUGAUGAUGUGACGUCCAGUUGCAGCUGUUGCUAGUAGAUUACUUGAACAUGUGAUUUCUGCCAACUAUAAGCAGUGGCAAGUAAGGACUUGUACACAUGUAUGUUGGAUCGAUAUGGCCACUUCAGCAGCUGUGGGCAUGUUUGGACUCUGUCUAGCCUGUGAAGCUUCACCAUCAAUGAAUCCCGUUUCUCCUGUGAAGAAAACAUUUCAUCGUCCGGGCUUGCCUUGUAACUUGGAUAUAGCCCCUACAGCCCGAACAGAGUGCUUGUACUUGGCUU